ACUUUUGAAUUCUUGACAUUUUGUGCCAUGGUAUGUAUCACUUUUGGUGCAUGUACAUAAGGCCAAGGAAGGACCCAUCUAUAAAAGGGUUUGGUUCGAAGACAGUACUUUUAUUAUUAGUAGAGAGAAAUUAAAGAAGCAUAUGUGCACUCCUCCAUAACUCCACAAAGUAUGGGGGGUGUGGAAGAAGGAGGAGGGGUUCUUCAUGGUGACUACACAGAAGAUGGAACUGUGGAUCUCAAAGGGAACCCUGUUCGCAGAUCCAAGAGAGGUGGAUGGAAGGCUUGCUCCUUUGUUGUUGUCUAUGAGGUGUUUGAACGAAUGGCCUACUAUGGGAUCUCAUCGAAUCUGAUCCUAUACUUGACCAGAAAGCUCCAUCAAGGCACUGUGACAGCAGCCAAUAAUGUCACAAACUGGGUUGGCACCGUUUGGAUGACCCCAAUCUUGGGCGCCUAUGUGGCCGACGCUCACCUAGGUCGUUACUGGACGUUUGUGAUCGCGUCUGGAAUUUAUCUCUCGGGGAUGUCACUACUAACACUAUCGGUAUCACUCCCUGGGUUAAGACCGCCGCGCUGCUUGGACCCCAAAAACUGCAAAAAGGCCUCGACACUCCAACUAGCCGUGUUUUACGGGGCCCUCUACACCCUAGCCGUGGGGACCGGCGGAACCAAGCCCAACAUCUCCACCAUCGGCGCGGACCAGUUCGACGAAUUCGAACCCAAGGAAAAAGCCCACAAGCUCUCCUUCUUCAACUGGUGGAUGUUCAGCAUCUUCUUUGGGACGCUCUUCGCCAACACGGUCCUCGUCUACAUACAGGACAACGUGGGCUGGACGCUGGGCUACGGGCUCCCCACCGCGGGCCUCGCGGUGUCCAUUUUGAUCUUCUUGGUUGGUUCGCCGUUUUACCGGCACAAGGUUCCCUCUGGGAGUCCGUUCACGAGAAUGGCUAAGGUAAUAGUGGCUGCUCUGAGGAAGUGGAGGGUACCCGUCCCUACGGACCCUAAAGAACUUUAUGAACUUGAUUUGGAAGAGUACAACAAGAAUGGAGUGUACAGGAUUGAUUCCACACCCACCCUCAGGUUCCUCAACAAAGCUUGUGUCAACACAGAUUCUACUAGUCCAUGGAUGUUAUGUUCGGUAACCCAAGUGGAAGAAACCAAACAAAUGCUAAGAAUGAUCCCGAUAUUGAUGGCUACAUUUGUUCCCAGCACGAUGAUAGCACAAAUCGGCACUCUCUUCGUUAAGCAAGGCACGACUCUUCAGAGGCGUAUUGGAGCAUUCGAAAUCCCCCCGGCAAGCUUAGCUGGGUUUGUGACCAUUUCCAUGCUUGUUUGUGUCGUGCUAUAUGACCGAUAUUUUGUGAAGAUAAUGAAAAGAUGGACUAAAAACCCUAGAGGAAUCACCCUCCUUCAGAGAAUGGGAAUAGGAGUGGUUCUCCAUAUCUUGAUUAUGGUGAUCGCAUCCCUGACCGAGAGGUAUAGACUUAGAGUGGCUAAAGAUCAUGGAUUGGUCGAAAGCGGAGGGCAAGUGCCCUUAUCGAUAUUCAUUUUACUCCCUCAGUUUGUGCUUAUGGGGACAGCCGAUGCUUUUCUUGAGGUAGCGAAAAUCGAAUUUUUCUACGACCAGGCACCGGAAAUGAUGAAGAGUCUAGGGACGUCCUAUUCCAUGACUAGCUUAGGGGUCGGAAACUUCAUUAGUAGCUUUCUUCUUUCCACGGUUUCUCAUAUUACUAGGAAGCACGGGCGCCACGAGUGGAUCCUCAAUAACCUCAACGCCUCUCACCUCGACUACUACUAUGCCUUCUUCGCGAUAUUGAACUUCUUGAACUUUGGUUUCUUCUUGCUCAUGACAAAAUUCUACGUGUACAAGGCGGAAGUUUCAGAAUCGAUGGAAGUUCUUACACAAGAAUUAAGGGGAUCAAGUUUGCGAAGCGAAUAACGUAAAAUUGUUGAGUUGUCGGGUUCUUUAUCGAUUGCGAUGGUUCCUCAAUACGCACAUUGUACGUGGGAAUGUACUUUACCGUGGUUGUAUACCACAUGUAUUACAAAUGUUUACACUUGUCAAAAUGAGAAGGAAAAA